AUGUCCGGGUCUGGUGCUGCAAACCAGCCUACGCGACGCCCGUGCGAUCGCUGUCGUCAUCGCAAGUCGCGAUGUAUACGAGAACCGGAGAAAGCCAACUGUAUAUUCUGCAACUUGAAUGGACUUGAAUGUACUUUUCUCCAGGGUCCACAACCACGUAAAAGGGCUAUGAAACUGAGCAAUGCAGAAACCAAGACAAAAAGACGACGCAGCUCGCUCUCACCAUCUACUGCGGGCUCUGUCGAAGAUAUUGCGCUGUCUGAUCCAAUAAAUUCACGACUAGAAGGUACACUGGGUCUGGAGCUUCAUCUUCAUUCUGAGUUUAUUGGCCCGGCGAGCUAUCAUGAACCCGAACUUCUUGAUUUACGACCGUCAGCGAUCUCAUUCACUGACUCAGAGAGAUGCUACCCUCGACGCGUGAAUCAAUCAGCCGCCUUCAUUACCUACCCCGACAAGGACUCGGCAUCUGAGAUGCAACGCAUUGCGGAUUUGGAUCGCAUCGAGGAGUCAAUACGUCCACUGGGGCCAACCUUAGUAAAUCUGUACUUUCGUAUCAUGCACCGCACAUUUCCGAUUCUGGACAAGGGCGUUUUUCUAGAGAAAUAUGCUCGGUCUUAUCGCGAAUUCUCACCACCGCUCCUCGCUGCCGUUUAUCUUGUCGCACUAGACUGGAAACUCUUUGAUCGAGUUCUUGCUACGGCCACUCAGACACCCGAUGCCGAAGCUCUGGAACGUCUGGCCAUGCGUGCAAUGGAUGACGACCUGAAGCGGCCCAAAAUUUCUACACUACAGGCUGGCCUGUUGUUAUUGCAAAGAAUCAGAUCUUCCCACAGCACCUUUCCAGCUCAACUCUUGUCGCUCGGGCAGACUUUGGGGAUUCAUAUUGACUGCACAGAUUGGAAAAUUCCAGAAUGGGAGAAAGGCCUAAGGCGACGUUUAGCCUGGGCGCUAUACAUGCAGGAUAAGUGGGGUGUCCUUGUGCACGGGCGGCCAUCUCUCAUAUCUGCUCAGGUUGACGAAAACGAAGCAGCAAGUGAUUGGGAUGUUGCCCGUUGUACACUUAACGAUUUCCCAGAGGACGCAAGCAGUGAAGAGGCAAACGGCGACGCAGAUGUAGACGGAGGUGCAGGUCGGGCUGCAUUCUUGCAAAUGAUUGAGUUAACCAAGAUCUUUAGCCGGAUCAUCUCCACAUUUUGCUCAAUUGGUGCAACAAAGAAAGGUGGGCUACUUGAGCGGAUUGGACCAUCGGGUGCGAUGAAUUUGGCGAAACCACUAGCGAUGGAGUUGCGCGAAUGGUAUGUGGCCGUGCCUACUAGUCUCCAGCUGGAAUCCACGCCCUCGUUACGACUAUCGACAAACGGAGCCUUGCAUCUCUCACAUAUGGCAGCAGAGCUGACCAUGCACCGCGCAUUACUCCGUGCUCUGACGCCCGAUACCACCUCUUCUCUUCGUUCGGCAAUUCGAGCCGCUGCCCGGUCCCGACUGACAUCGGCGAUGAACCUGAUUGAAUCGUUUCAACCCGAACACAUUCAAUCAUUUUGGGGCUUUGCGGCAGCAGCCCAAGUGGCUUUGGUUGGUGCCUUUGCUGGUCUUCUGUGGGCAACGAGUCCAGAAGUAGACGAAGCGGCGGGGUACGUUAAACAACUUGAAACGCUUCGGUGGGUCUUGCAGGUCAGAGCAUCUGCCGCCCCAUUUGCUCGCGAGGCACUCCGCAUGCUUCAUGAGGAAGUUGGGGAUUUGGCUGCUUUGAAGGCAGCAACAUAUCGAGACUCUUAG